AAAACGAGAGAAUCCUUCAAAUGCGGGCUUAAGUUAUUGUGACUGUUUUGGUUGCUUAUUGUAUUGGAAUUGUCGUCACUCGGUCACUGAAAUUGAUUGUAUAUAACACGUAAAAUUGAACUGUGAAGGCUUUAGACAAUAUAUAAUUCAGGUAAUGCGGUGGAAUUUCGAUGUCUGAAUUUUAAGAGUGAGGAGGAAAAUUCUUAUGAAUUUUCUGAAUUUUGUUGCCUCACUUUUCACGUUUUCCGGGAUCUUUGUGCAUUUUCCCGCGUCAUAUAGCAGUGGAAUCGCCAAUUUAUGCGAGAAAGAGGCAAAGUUAUUUUUUGUGAGCUUGUUCGAAUUGGCUCUGGCUUGGACGCUUUGCAGUUUCUCUUUUAGAAAAUUAACAACAGGGAAUACUGAAGCUUUUGAAGAAGUAUGACAUGGAUUCUUGGAAGGAAGGAAUUGGUUCUACUAUAUAAUGAAACAAUUACCAAAAGAUAAAGAAGGAAAUAUUGCAGAAGAUGGGAUGUUGCGUUUCAACUUGGAGCAAGAAGCCCAAAACAUGUGCAAAAAUUCACCUUUCAAAACGUAAAAGGAAUCGAGGGAAAAGUGUUACUCCUGUUUCAGGUGGAAAGAGUUGUGGGACAUCUGUUACUCCCAUUUCAGGUGCAAAGAGUAGAGUUGAAAUAAAGGAAGAAACAUGGUUUGAUCCUGCAACACACUUAGAGUCAGACUGUGAUGAAGACUUCUUAAGUUGCCAUGGAGACUUUUUGUCUUCAACGUGCAACAAUUUGAGUCACCCAAACAGCGCCAAUGUAACUCCUCGACAUAGUCUAUGUGAUAACCACAUAAUUUUGACCUCUGGUGAAAAAGGACUAAAAUUGGGUGAGCUAUUGAGUGAAAAUUUGCCAUGUCAAGAGGUUAAUGCAGUUGAUGAAGCAAGCGAUUUUCAUGGACAAAAUGAUGUUGAUGAAAGGCAAAAUACCAAUAGCGAUCUUACUAUACCAAAAGAAAUAAAAAAUGGAAAGAACAAAGUUUUAGGAUUUUCUGAAGGAAAUUCCCAUGUAUUGACAGAAUUCACAGUUGGUUCAGAAUGCGAGGAAGAAAAAGUAGUUGACUAUUGUGGUGUUCAAUUAAAUGCAUCUUGCUUGCCAUGCUUGAUUCCCAAUGUGGGCUUAAUUGAAAAGAAAAGAUCAUUAAGUCCUGGUCCACCAUCCUCCAAGAAAAAGGCUUCAUUAUUAAAACUAUCCUUCAAACGUCGAUCAGCAGAUGGGCAUGAGAACAACAAUGUCUUUUCUUCAAUAAAAUUUCUAGAGAGGCCUAAAGCAGGAUCACAGGUUCCAUUUUGUUCAGCAGAAAAAGCAAUGCCAGGAUCCUGGUCACAAAUUGAACCUUCUUCGUUCAAGCUUCGUGGUGAAAAUUAUUUAAAGGACAAGAAAAAAGAGAUUGCACCAAAUUAUGCCGCAUACUACCCAUUUGGUGUAGAUGUAUUUCAAUGUCACAGAAAAAUUGAUCAUAUUGCACGACAUGUGGAACUUCCUGAUUUUGAUUCAAGUGGCAAAAUGCCACCCAUAUUAAUUGUAAAUAUCCAGAUUCCAUCUUAUCCGGCUGCAAUUUUCCUGGGAGAAAGUGAUGGCGAAGGGAUAAGUAUUGUGUUCUAUUUUAAGCUCUCUGAUAGCUAUGCAAAAGAGACCACUGCUCAUUUUCAAGAAAGUAUCCAGAAAUUGAUGGAUGACGAAAUUGAAAAAGUAAAAGGUUUUGCUUUAGAUUCUUUUGUCCCUUUUAGAGAAAGAUUGAAAAUCUUAGGACGGGUGGCAAAUCUAGAUGAUCUUCAUGUAAGUGCUGCCGAAAAGAAGCUUAUUCAUGCGUAUAAUGAAAAACCUGUUCUUUCACGUCCUCAACACAGUUUUUACAAGGGUCCGAAUUAUUUUGAGAUUGAUUUGGAUGUACAUCGAUUUAGUUAUAUUGCAAGAAAGGGGAUUGAAGCAUUUCAGAAUCAAAUGAAAUUUGGCAUCUUGGAUAUUGGUCUGACAAUUCAGGGGAACAAACCUGAAGAAUUGCCAGAACAAGUUCUCUGUUGCUUGAGAUUGAACAUGAUUGAUCCAUUGAAUUAUAAGCAAUUGCUUACCACCUUACAUCCAGGUAACUCUGAGGGAAGGAUUGAUGACUAUAGGGAUUGAUGCAACUUUUAAAAAUUAUCUGCAGACCUCUCUAUUGAGAACUUGGGUCUUGUCACUGUGGAGAUGGCCAAAAGGUCUGUAAAAAUAUGCCAAGUUGCAAUUAAAUUUUUAAAUGUAAAAUACCUUAUAUGUCAUCUUUCAUAUCAAUAAUUAUAAAUCAGCCUGCAACAUGAUUGUGGCCGCUGCAGAUUCCAAGCCUUUCCACACUUCUUUUAUGAUGAUUGAAAUGUUCGUGGAUAUAAAAUUCAAAACAUUUAUAUUUUAUAUUCAAUGCAAAGAGUGUCUAUUAACAUA